UUUAUUUCCUUUACUUUCAGUCACCGAAUGUCAGUUUGGCAAAGUUCUGCGUGAAUUAGGCUCGACCUGGUAUGCGGAUUUGGGUCCACCCUUCGGCGUUAUGUACUGCAUCAAGUGUGAAUGCGUGGCGAUACCCAAGAAGCGACGCAUCGUUGCACGCGUCCAGUGUCGCAAUAUUAAGAACGAGUGUCCGCCGGCCAAAUGCGAUGAUCCCAUCUCGCUGCCCGGAAAAUGCUGCAAGACCUGUCCCGGCGAUCGGAACGAUACGGAUGUGGCCUUGGAUGUGCCAGUGCCCAGCGAAGAGGAAGAGCGCAACAUGAAACAUUACGCUGCGCUGCUGACGGGCCGCACUUCCUAUUUCCUCAAGGGCGAGGAGAUGAAGUCCAUGUACACCACCUACAAUCCGCAGAACGUGGUGGCCACCGCCCGCUUUCUGUUCCACAAGAAGAACCUCUACUACUCGUUCUACACCUCAGCGCGCAUUGGUCGUCCGCGGGCCAUUCAGUUUGUGGACGAUGCCGGUGUCAUACUCGAGGAGCACCAGCUGGAGACCACAUUGGCGGGCACGCUGAGUGUCUACCAGAAUGCCACCGGCAAGAUCUGCGGCGUGUGGCGUCGUGUGCCGCGUGACUACAAGCGCAUCCUGCGCGACGACCGUCUGCAUGUGGUCCUGCUGUGGGGCAACAAGCAGCAGGCCGAGCUGGCCCUGGCCGGCAAGGUGGCCAAGUACACGGCCCUGCAGACGGAGCUGUUCAGUGCGCUGCUGGAGGCGCCUCAGACGCAGACGCUGGCAGAUGGCAAGACGGACACCCAGUUGGCCGGAGCCGGCGGCACGGCCAUUGUGUCCACCAGCAGUGGAGCGGCCUCGUCCAUGCACCUCACCCUGGUCUUCAAUGGCGUCUUCGGGGCCGAAGAGUAUGCCGAUGCCGCCCUGAGUGUGAGGAUCGAGCUGCCCGAGCGCAAGGAGGUGAUCUUCGAUGAGAUUCCGCGAGUGCGCAAGCCCUCCGCCGAGAUCAAUGUGCUGGAGCUGUCCUCGCCCAUCUCCAUACAGAACCUGCGACUGAUGUCGCGCGGCAAACUGCUGCUGACGGUGGAGUCCAAGAAGUAUCCGCAUCUGCGCAUCCAGGGACACAUUGUGACGCGGGCCAGCUGCGAGAUCUUCCAGACCCUGCUGGCGCCGCACAGUUCGGAGUCGGCCACCAAGAGCAGCGGCCUGGCCUGGGUGUACCUCAACACCGACGGCUCGCUGGCCUACAACAUCGAGACGGAGCACGUGAACACCCGCGACAGGCCGAACAUCAGCCUGAUCGAGGAGCAGGGCAAGCGCAAGGCCAAGCUGGAGGACCUCACGCCCAGUUUCAACUUCAACCAGGCCAUCGGCAGUGUGGAGAAGCUGGGGCCCAAGGUCCUGGAGUCCCUGUACGGCGGCGAGCUGGGCGUCAAUGUGGCCACCGAGCACGAGAGCAGCCUGAUCCGGGGCCGUCUGGUGCCACGACCCGUGGCCGAUGCCCGCGACUCGGCGGAACCCAUCCUGCUGAAGCGACAGGAGCAUGCCGAGCCCCAUGCCGUGGGCAUGGCCUGGAUGUCCAUCGACAACGAGUGCAACCUGCACUACGAGGUGACCCUCAACGGAGUGCCCGCCCAGGAUCUGCAGCUGUACCUCGAGGAGAAGCCCAUCGAGGCGAUUGGAGCGCCGGUGACGCGGAAGUUGCUGGAGGAGUUCAACGGCUCCUAUUUGGAGGGUUUCUUCCUCAGCAUGCCCUCGGCGGAGCUGAUCAAGCUGGAGAUGAGUGUGUGCUAUCUGGAGGUGCACUCCAAGCACUCCCAUCAGCUGCUCCUGCGCGGCAAGCUGAAGAGCACCAAGGUGCCGGGCCACUGUUUCCCCGUCUACACGGACAACAAUGUGCCCGUGCCGGGCGACCACAAUGACAACCAUUUGACCAAUGGCGAGACCAAGUGCUUCCAUUCCGGCCGCUUCUACAACGAGUCGGAGCAGUGGCGCAGUGCCCAGGAUGCCUGCCAGAUGUGUGCCUGCCUCAGGGGUCAGUCCAGCUGCGAGGUGAUCAAGUGUCCCGCCCUGAAGUGCAAGGCCACCGAGCAGCUGCUGCAGCGCGAGGGCGAGUGCUGUCCCAGUUGUGUGCCCAAAAAGGAGGCCGCCACCGAGUGGUCCACCUCGGCGGCCACCAAUGCCUCGGAUUUGCUGCAGCAGCGACGUGGCUGCCGCCUGGGCGAGCAGUUCCAUCCGGCCGGAGCCAGCUGGCAUCCCUUCCUGCCGCCCAAUGGCUUCGACACCUGCACCACCUGCAGCUGUGACCCACUGACCCUGGAGAUCCGCUGCCCCCGGCUCGUCUGCCCGCCGCUUCAGUGCAGCGAGAAGUUGGCCUACCGGCCGGACAAGAAGGCCUGCUGCAAGGUGUGCCCCGAGGGCAAGCAGAGCAGCUCCGGCGCACACAAGGCCACGCCCAACAAUCCCAACGUGCUGCAGGACCAGGCCAUGCAGCGAUCGCCCAGCCACAGUGCCGAGGAGGUGCUCGCCAACGGCGGCUGCAAGGUGGUCAACAAGGUCUACGAGAACGGCCAGGAGUGGCACCCCAUCCUCAUGUCCCACGGCGAGCAGAAGUGCAUCAAGUGCCGCUGCAAGGACUCCAAGGUGAACUGUGACCGCAAGCGCUGCUCCCGCUCCACGUGCCAGCAGCAGGCGCGAGUGACCAGCAAGCGGCGGCUCUUCGAGAAGCCGGACGCAGUUGCUCCGGCCAUCGACGAGUGCUGCUCCACUCAGUGCCGCCGUACGAGGCGCCACCACAAGCGGCAGCCGCACCACCAGCAGCGCUCCUCCAGCUGAGCAAUCAAUCCACAGGAUUCAGAUGGUGAUCCAGAUACAGAUCCAGAUCCACCGGGGAAACCACUCACUCACUCAGUGCGAUGUGCACCACCUAAUCACACACUCACACUCACACCACCACCCUCCACCCACACUCACACACAUCACCCACACAAUCGAGCAAACAUACACACACUUGUGCAAGGACUUGCAUAGAUCGUUGUUGUUGUUAUGUGGCAGCAAUGGAAAACUUGUAUUAUAUAUAUGAAAACAAAGGGAGAAACAACGAGAAUUCUCAUGAGAAAAAAAAAAACAAAAAUACAAAAAAAAUAUAUAAAUGGAGAAAAAAGAGAGAAAGAGAGGGAUAGAGAGAUAUUGAGAUCCUUGGAAAAGGACAUUUACGAACCAGUGCAGUUUGCUUUAAAUUCUCCAGCGCAGAAUUUUCUAUAGAAAGCAUUUUCUGAAUUUCUUUUCACAAAAAACUCACCCACCCCACAUUAAUACCACCCCCAACCCAACAAAAAAACAUUAAAAUUAAAUUUUAAUUUAUUAAAAAAUAUCAUACAAAUCACACACACAAAAAAAAAACAACCAAAAACAAAAAGAAUUCGAAAUUGAAACUGUACUGAGUUUUGAAAACGCACACAUUUGACUUAUUGAAAUACUUAAACCUUUUCAAUUCAUUUAAAUUCAAAUUUAAACUGAAGUUUGAAAGCAAAGCAAUCGAUAGCGCAGCAGCUAUCGUGGGAAUAUUAACUUAAACUAAUUAUUCUGAUUAUACAUAUAUACAAUAUUUUUUAUAUAUACACACACAUCUAUAUAUAUAUAUAUAUAUAUAUAUAUAUAUAUAUAUAUAUAUACAGAUACAAAUAUAUCUAUAUAAUUUAUGAGAAACAAAACACAGUGGGAAACGCAUUUGGCGCAUUAUGUGGUUAUCGACAUUUGUAUCGAUAUAUAUAUUUUAGCAACCCAAAAGUUUCAACUGAUUGACUGAAUGGCAAAAAUAAAAUUAGCUUUAAAUACGUUUUUUUCGCAAGCAUGAAAGUGAAGGAAAUUGAAAACGCAGCUUUUCAAUGUGAAAUUAUUUUGUACUAAUUGUUACUCACACCAACACACACAAACAAGCACACAUACAUUUAGAAAUCGAAAUGCACACAUACACAUUGAAAUGUUUUUAUUUCUUUUUAGGAGUAUAUUUUUAAAUUAUAAUACAUUUUAUGGAAAAUUUUCAAUAGUUAUGUACAAAAUUUGUUAAAAAAAAAAAGAAAACUAUUUCAAAAAAUGCCAUGUACACAUAUUUAUACACAAAACACACACAUACACACAUAAAACGAACAAAACGAAAAAAUAAACAAAAAGAUAAGGAAAUUUACCGCAUACACAGACAGAAAUUGUAUUAAUUUUUUAUUCUAUUAAAUUAUUCUUAUUAUUAUUAUUUUAUGUUUAUUAUUAUUAUAAAAUUUUUUUUUGUAGCUUGUAUAAACAUACUUAUAUAUAUAUUUUAUAUUUAAUGAUUGAUUGAUUAAUUUUAAAUAAUUGAUUAAAUGCAAUCAAAAAUAUUUAAAAAUGAUGAAGAGCUAAAAAAACUUGUACUAAUAACUUAAAUUUAGUGUUUAUAAAUUAAACAACAAGUUAAAAUCAAAAACAACAACAAAACACACACACACAGAGAAUAAACAAAAAACUACAAAAUCAUAAA